CCAGGCACUUGGGGCGUUCAGCCCAUCUUUUUCUUGUUUCUUUUCUUUUUUUGUGCAGCGACUCUGGGGCAGAAGAUCCCCAUCCUUAGCAUGGUGCCAAUGCAGAGAGGAUCAUAUUUGGAAUCAAAAGACUCGGCUCUCUUUCCCAUGUAGUGGAUGGAGUGCCGACAUCCAGAAGAGUGGUGUUAACCCCUGGCCUCAGAUGUGGACUAUAUGACUCUAGGUCUCUAUAUAUUUUAGAAAUAACAAAUUUAUUGUGAUAUUCUACAAUCUUUCAAAGAUCAUGGGCAGAAGCUCAGCUAUUACAACUGCAAAUUCUUCUGGACUCUGGGAGGUAGUUCUUCUGGACCUUGUGAUUUGAAUUGAUCAAAGGAUUCUGACGUUUUCUGAGAAGGAAAAACUGAAGUAAAGGAGAAGAUGACGUCUGGGUUCCUGACAGCCUGGUCUCAGAAAUCACUGACAUUCCAGGAUGUUGCUGUGGAGUUCACCCAGGAGGAAUGGGGGCUAUUGGAGCCAGCUCAGAAGGACCUGUUCAGGGAAGUGAUGCUGGAAAACUAUGAGAAUUUUGUCUCCCUAGGGCUUCCAGUUUCCAAACCAGAUGUGACCUCUCGCCUGGAGAGAAGGGAAACAUUCAGGCUGCCAGAGGGAGAAGUCCCACGAGGCACUUACCUAGAUUUUCUUCAUGACUAUAAUAUGUUUGGACGAAAAUAUGGUCUGGGAACAAUCCUCAUCCCAUGGCAGAGAAUACCUAUAGGAAAAUAUCUCCAUAACUAUGAUACACUUGGAAAGAGCUUCAAACAUUUUUCAGAUCUCAUCGAACAUAAUAGAAUUUCUAUAGGGGAAAAUCUUUGUACUUAUAAUAAAUGCAAGAAGCCCUCCAUUUACCAUUCAAAUGGCAUUCAUUACAAUGGAAUAUUUAAUCAAGAAAAACACCCUAAAUGUGAUGAAUUUGGUGAAACCUUCAGCAUCAAUUCAUGCCUUCUGGUACAUCAAAGAAUUCAUACCCCAUUGAAACCAUUUGAAUAUAAUGAAUGUGAGAAAGCCUUCAGCCCAAAGGGAAACCUCUUUUCUCAUAAGAGAAUUCACAGUGGAGAAAAACCCUAUAAAUAUAAUGGGUAUGGAAAAGUCUUCAGCAACAAUCAAAAGCUAUCUCCCCAUCAAAGAAUCCAUAUUGAAGAAAAGUUUCAUAAUUAUAAUGAGUGUGAGAAAAUUUUCAUGCAAAGCUCAUCCCUUAUGCAGCAUCAAACAAUUUAUACUGAAGGGAAACUCUAUACAUGUAAUCAAUGUGGGAAAAUCUUUAGCAGUAAUAACUAUCUUAUUCAGCAUCAAAGAAUCCAUACUGAAGAAAAGCCCUAUAAAUGUAAUGAAUGUGGGAAAGCCUUCAUUGAUAAUCAAAACCUAUCACAACAUCAAAGAACCCAUACUGGAGAGAAACCUUAUAAAUGUAAUGAAUGUGGGAAGGUCUUCAUCAAUAAUCGAAACCUAUCACGACAUCAAAGAAUACACAGUGGAGAGAAACCCUACAAAUGUAAUGAAUGUGGGAAAGCCUUCUGUACCACUUCUCGUCUUGAUGUACAUAAGGUAAUUCACCCUGGAGAAAGACUCUUUGAAUGUAAUGAAUGUGGGAAAGGCUUCAGGUUCAGGUCUGCCUUUAUGAAACAUCUGAGAAGUCAUACUGGAGAGAAACCCUAUGAAUGUAAUGAAUGUGGGAAAGCUUUCAGCUGGAAGGGAAACCUUAAUACACAUAAGAGAAUUCAUACUGGAGAAAAACCAUAUUUAUGUAACGAAUGUGGGAAAGCCUUUAGCAAUAAUGAAAGCCUAACACGACAUCAAAGAAUCCAUACUGGAGAAAGACCCUACAAGUGUAAUGAAUGUGGGAAAAGCUUCCGGCAAAGCUCAUCUCUUAUGCAGCAUCAUAGAAUUCAUACUGGAGAGAAACCUUACAAAUGUAAUGAAUGUGGGAAAGCCUUCAAUAAUAGUCAAAACCUAACAAGACAUCAAAGAAUUCAUACUGGAGAGAGACCCUUUGAAUGUAACGAAUGUGGGGAAGGCUUCAGAUUCAGCUCAAGUCUUAUGAAACAUAAGAGUAGUCAUAUUGGAGACAAACCUUAUAAUAAUAAUGAAUGUGGGAUAAAUUUCAGCCAGAAGGGAAACUUUAAUACACUUGAGAAUUCAUACAGGUGACAGUCCCCACCCCCACACCCCCUUUGAAUCUAAUGAAUGUGAGAAAACCUUUAAUCAGAAAGGAAACCUUAAGAAAAUUUAUACUAAAACUAAUACUGAUAUUAAGGAAAAACCUUUUUAGUGUAAUGAGUGUCAAAAAGCUUUCAAAUGGUGUGGAAACAUAGUCUUCCUGCCUAGACAUAGACAAUAGGAGCUAGAAACCUGUUGAAUGUAAAGAAUGUGAGAAAAGUUUCAUGAGGAAGCCACACUUGCUGUACAUUAGAGCUUUCAUCCUGAUUACAAAGAUAUUCAGGGCAAUGAAUGAGGGAAGACUUUCAGAGUAGAGACCUUGAGGACCAUAAGAAACAAUACUGGAAGGAGAAAUCUUUUUAAUAUAACAAAUGUGUAGAAGUA